GUCCAAUCACUUAUAUCCUAUCUAUCGGAUCAUGUUUUCGGUCGUCAGUUCUGCUUACUCGAAUAGCGUUCUAGUAACAUCAUGACGCGGAUCUGGAAAAGAGUGACAUUAGUCGGCAGGGACAAGCGAGGAUUUGUAUGUGAGCAUGCUUCGAGUGCUGUGAACCCAUGUUUAGGCUUCAUCCUUCGUUUGGAAUGGCUUCUCGAAGUCUAGGGCGGAUGGAUAUCUUACCCCGCAAUAUGGAGGGAAAGUAUCCGAUGGUUCUUAGUAUAAAUCAUCGUGAUAUCUUUACAUGUAAGAAAGUACAUUAGACAUCGUUUUUGAUUAGCAUAGAAAGAUCACCAAUGGGGAUACCAAGCACCCAGCGAGCAGCAGUCAAGGUCGGCGAGGGUGACAGUGCGAAAGUCGAAGUCAAAUCCAUCGAGGUCCCACAGCCGGCGCCGGACCAGAUUCUCGUGAAGAUAAACUACAGCGGUCUCUGUGCCUCCGAUAAGUCACUUCUUCACGAUGAAUGGUCAUUCUCGGGUGUCUCCAUGCAACCACAGACCCAUGGCGUUGCUGGUCAUGAGGGCGCUGGAGUGGUCGUUGCCGUGGGAUCCGACGUCAAGGAUCUCUGGAAGGAAGGUGAUCGUGCCGGAAUCAAGUGGAUAGCGAGUGUAUGCCGGAAGUGCGAGUUUUGUACUAAUGGAGUCGACGAGUGUCACUGUCCAAAGCAAAUCAACAGCGGCUUCAGCAUUGCGGGAACAUUCCAGGAAUACGCUCUCACGGAUGCUAGGUAUGCAACACGGCUUCCCGAUGGUGUUAAGGAUGAGGAGGCUGGUCCGAUCAUGUGUGGCGGCGUGACGGCCUAUGUUGCAUGCAAGAGGAGUGCUGUCAAACCAGGGCAGUGGAUUGUAUUGCCUGGUGCUGGUGGUGGUCUGGGACAUCUGGCAGUGCAGUAUGCCAAAGCGAUGGGCAUGCGUGUUAUAGCUGUGGAUGGUGGCGACGCAAAGCGAGAUCUCUGUCUCAAGCUUGGUGCUGAGAAAUUUGUUGACUUCACUACUGUCAAGGAUGUACAAGCCGAGAUAAUGAAGAUCACCACCUAUGGUGCACAUGGUGUAGUCGUCACUGCAGCUUCAAAGGCUGGAUAUGAUACGGCACCGCAGCUCUUGAGACCUGGAGGAACAAUGGUAGCCGUUGGUCUGCCCAAAGAUUCGUCCGUCAUUGCCGGCGCUCAUCCGCUUCUUCUGUGUUUGAAGAAGCUCAAUGUUGUUGGUAGUGUCGUGGGGACGUUGAAGGACGUCGAAGAGGCCCUCGAUUUCACUGCUCGAGAUCUUGUACAUCCUAUCUUAACGCGUGGUAAUCUCGAGGACAUCAAUGGUUUUCUCGAUGACCUCAAUGCUGGGAAACUUGCAGGGCGAGCAGUCAUAAAAGUAGCAGCUUAG